CUUUGUAUUAGCACAUCACUAGCGUAGAUUUAACUUCUACAAUGUGUUUUCUCACACAUUUAACGCAUGCUCUCAUGUCACACUCUCUGACGCUCCCACCAGCAACUCAGAACCCAAGUGGUAAAUGGAAAAAGGGCAAUUUCUCCCGCCACACGUCACUUGUGUAUUCCAAUACAUACGAACGUACGCAACGAGAUUUAUGGAAGAAGAAGCAGAAAAGUGGGAGAGUUUAUUAAUUAUUUUUGUUUUUGUUGCUUAUUAUUCCACUGCGUGAAUCCACUUGGCGUUUCGAAUGCUGUUGGCUUUGUCGUUGCUCACAUUCGGAACAUUUCAGCCAUCGUUGCUGGUCGUGUUUUUUUUGCUUAGCAAAGCCAAUGGUGUCCGUGUGUCGCGCUCCGUAGUUGCUUUUCAACUUUUGUGUUUCUCUUCAAUAUAAUUCGUUGAAGUUAUAAUAACAUAUUUAGAUUAUAUAGAAAUUGAAAUAAGUGUAUAAAAUUAACGGCAAAUCUGUAUAACAACAUAAAUUAUGCAGGUGGAAUGAACGUCAAGCGAGUUACAAGUGUAUGACAAUCAAACAUUUCUUGGAUGCAAAUGAAAAAAAAGUAUCAUAAUAAAAAGGCAAAUCUCCAAAGCAAAGGUAAAGAGGAGUGUAAUAAAUGCCAAGAUGAACGACAAGGGGAAAAAUGAGAAAAUGUACGCUUUUUUAGUCACUUUGCAAUAAACAAAUAUCAAAUAUUCUUACAAAAAGCCGAAACGCGUAAACGCUUGAAAGAGUAAUUCAAGUAAACUUAAAUUUUGUAGUGAAAAGGUAAAACAUAAUUCUUAAUUAUAAUUAAAUGCAAAGGCUAUUUGUAUUACAAACACUGCAUAUUGUGCACAGUUUGAGAGGCACUGGUAGCGCAGCGUUCAACAGUGUUCAGUGGUGCGCUGAUCGUUAUUGCAUUAACCAAGCCAUUACAUGAGUUGCAAAAGUAAUUGUAUGCGUUCUCAAUAAGUUGACAAUAGGCAGUGCGUCCAGAAGCAACAACUAUUUUUACCCCAGUACUUGUGAAUGAUUUGUUUUCGAAGUUUUCGUAGCCAAAUUGCAAAGUGUGCAUUCAUUUUUGUUUAGAAAUUAGAAAAUGACAAAUCGCUGAUGAAUUUCGGUGAGAUAGCGAGGCUACCAAAAUAAACCGCAACUUAUGGGUGUAUGAACAAUUACAACAAUAACAUAAACGUGCAGCAAGCGUGCAAGCGUACAUCGACAGGCGAAAUUCUUGGCAUUCGGUGCAGCGCAGUGAGCAAAACGAAGAGCGAGCGAUCACGCGAUGCGUCAUUAUUUUAGCGGUGCGCGGCUUUGAGUAACGUAACAGAAUUAGCGCGGCGUGCAGACGGAACGCGUGUGUGCAAAUUUAACAUUGAAUAUUGCAAGAUAAAUUUAAUAAAAUCGAAGCAUCGAAAAAAAAAUGUAAAAAUAAUAUCUAUGCAAAGAGCUCAGUGAAAAGUGACCAAUCUCGUAUUUAAAAUAGGCACAAAUAAUUUCCAUUAUACAAAUAAAGUGAAAAAAACAAUUAGCCACCAUGCCGGAAACACAUUAUGAUUGCAUUACAAAGGACUGCCUGCAGGCUGAAUUGCGCGCCAUAUCCGCUUCCUCACACCACAGCCACACCCACCAUCCGCACAUUACAUCCUUGCUGGGGCAAAAGCUAAUCCUUUUGGACUGUCGCAGCUCGCACGAAUUCAGCGAAUCGCAUAUCCGUUCGGCGGUGAAUUUCUUCAUACCCAGCAUUAUGCUGCGGCGUCUGGCGAAUGGCAAAAUCGAUUUGCUAUCAACAAUUAAAUCGACAGAUCUGAAAGAGCGCAUACAGAAUGGUUAUAAAGUUAGUCUAUUCAUUUUGUACAAUGAUGCUGGCAUACAGGAGCAGCACCCGGCCGCAACGUCGUCCGGUGGUGGAGUUGGUGAAGUGGUCGCAGCGGAUGCUCUGAAUAUUUUGUAUCGCCGUUUGAAGCAAGACGGUUGUCGAGUGGUGGUGUUGCAAGAUGGGUUUUCAAGCUUCCGUCAGGCAUUUCCCGAGUGGUGUGAGGAUGACAGCGCACAAAACAAAGAAAUGGAAUCUAGUCACAGCACACAGGCCGAUCAAUUAAUGGGAUUGAGAUCAUUGCGAAUAUCAACACCGCAUUCAGAUUCCACCUGCAGUAGUUCCGCGGAAUCUUCCGAUUGUGAAAGCACCACUCAUCAAAAUAUCAAUGAAGCGCCUGUGGAGAUCAUUCCAGGCCUGUUUCUCGGCAAUGAGUCGCAUAGUUGUGAUUCACGUGCAUUACAAAAGUACAAUAUUAAGUAUGUUUUAAACGUCACACCGGAUCUUCCAAACGUCUUCGAGUCCUCCGGCGACAUUCAGUAUUUACAAAUUCCAAUAACUGAUCACUAUUCCCAAGAUCUGGCCAUGCAUUUUCCAGCUGCCAUCCGGUUUAUAGAGGAAGCACGCUCCAAUAACGCCGCUGUGCUUGUACACUGCCUAGCCGGUGUCUCCCGCUCGGUCACUGUGACGCUCGCCUAUCUAAUGAAGACGCGCACACUCAGCCUGAACGACGCAUUCACGCUGGUGCGCGAUCGCAAACCAGAUGUCGCACCCAACUUCCAUUUCAUGGAGCAAUUGCAUUCAUUCGAACGUAAACUACGUCCAGCUGGCAACGAUAGCGGCGGUAGUGGCGACAAUGAGUGCACUGCCAUGGACGAGAGUGGCGGCGGUGGCGGCGUUAGUGUGCCCUCAUGCACUGCACAGGCGAGUUUAGGCAACACUUUGAUGGCUGGCCGCUGUGCUGGCGAUAUGGGUUCGAAAUUCACAUGCAAUUGCAUAGAAACGGACUGCAAGUGCAUGCAGACUGGCGGCUAUAUGGCGCAACUGGCUAAAGCGGCGACCGGUGUGUCACCCGAUUCGGGUAUUGAAUUCGAUCGGUGGACACCGACUAGCGAUACGGGCCUGAAAUGAGAUCAACUUGUGGGAAAAAGUUUCGUGUUGCCGCCGAGCAUUGUGGAGCCGCCAGUGGCGCACAACGCCGACAAUGUGUCACCAGCUUCGACUACCUCUUCCUCCACAUCGACAACAACCACAGCCGAGGCGGUGUCGGUGGUCGAAGUGGUGCCGAGCGUCGACGAACGAUAAAAGGCAGCGGCGAGGCGUGCAGAAAGGGACACAGAGGUGGACACACUGGGAUUGGCGAUUGAGGUAGUGUGUCGCAGGCACGCGAAACUUUUUUCCUACAAGUCUGGUGGUGGAGAUAACAACAACUGAAACUACAAAAGUAGCACAAACGCUAAAACGGAAGAUGGCUUAAACGCAUAUACAAUACAAACAAACAUAUAUCACAAAGCAGCGACAUACAAAUUUGAAUGAAAACAAGCGUGUAAUUUCAGUGAAGCUGUGAAAAAAUACAUUAAUACAUGUCUAUGUUGUUUGCUAACCUUUUUUUUUAUAAAAAUUAGUCUAAAUAAUAAAUAUCAUUUUGUAUUAAAUAUGAAAUUAAUUUUAAAAAUUUAUUAGCUUCCUUUUUAUAUGCAAGUCGUAAACUUUUUCGAUGAAAAUCAUUGCAAAUAGCACAAAUAACGGCUAUUUAGGGUUUAGCUGUAGAAGUAUUAAUAUUAGGUGUAGUAAAAAUAAAUCCAUUAUUUUUCCAAUAGAUGACGUUAUUUAUUUGUAUCUCGUGUUGUAUAAGUCCGAUUCGGCUAGAUGGCUUUAACAAGAUAACAUUUUGUGCUAAAAAAGCUUUUUUGACAGUUUUGUGAUUAGAGGAUUCAGUUUUGUUUGAGCGCGCGUCAAAGAUGGACACUAGCAAAGAGAAAAUAGUUUUUUUUUCUAUUUAUAUAUCGAUAAGGGCGAAAACGCAAGCCAGGCGGCUGAAAAUUUAAAUAGCGUUUAUGGUCCUUAUACUGUAACAGCCAAUCAUGUGCAAUUUCGUUCCGGUAAUUUCGAUGUCAAAAAUGCACGACGCUCUGGAAGACCAAUUAGUAAUAAUUAAAGCAUUCAAUUUCAUGCGAAAAUAAUGGAUUUCUGUUUUACUACACCAAUAAAAUACCAGCUUCGCACGCAUUACAUAACAUAUGUUAUACAAACAAAAAUCAUCGUAAACAUAUUAAACAUAAAUUUUAGGUGGUUAAAUGCAAAAGAAGCAAAUAUUCGAAGAUAAAAAAAGGUAAUUUAUAACAAAAUCAUGCAAUCAUAAAUUUACAAAUGUUUAUUAUUUUUAUUUUUUUUUAAAAUAAUUUUUGUAUUAAAGUGAAUUGUAACACAAAUCCCACAACCUAGUUUAAGCCAGUAAUGUAUAUGUAUUGUUAUGUUAAGUUUUGUAAGUAGACACAUUAAACGCUACUACCUACAAAUUACAAAUUACAGCAAAACAGAAUUCGUGAUUUAUGUCAAAGCACAAGAACCUGCAUCCAUACAAAACCACACAAACACACAUAUGUAUGUAACCACUCUUACAAAUCUACCCAAUAUCCAUACAAAAUAAUUACAAGUUAAGUGAAUUACAAAUUUACAUAUUGUAAAGUGUAUUUUAUACAUACUUACAUACUUAUAUAUAUGUAAGCAAUUCAACAAAUGUAUGAAGCAUAAAGUCAAAGCGCUAAGGCGAAUGAAAUAGUGCGUAAUUUAAGUUCAAGCAGUAAGCAGUGAAAUGAACUAAUUCAUUGAAUAAUUAAUUAAUACAUAACGAUUCAAAUAAAAGCAUAUAUUUAAUAUUGUUAAAUAAUAAAAAUUCUUUUUGAAAGAAAAUGCAAAAUAUUUGCCAAAAUAAUAUCACAUAAAUUUAUUGAAUUUUAUUUCGUUUAAUUUUUUUUUUUUCAGUUUUCACUUAGCUAUUAUUUUAUGAUAAAAUAUUAACAGCUUGUCAGCCACUGGGUUCCUAGUGAGAAGAAAAAGUUGCUGCUAUUUAAAAGAAGACCUAAUAAAUCCUAAAUAUAGUCAAUGGGAUUCUUAGGAGCGUUCGCUCAGGUGGGUGGUAUGAUUUUCACCGAGCCGAUGGAUAUAAAAACAAACCCCUGUUAAAAGUGAAUUCGAAGCAGUGAUACUAAAGAGUCUUACAAGGUCAAUACAAAAGUAAAUAUUUGGUCAGCUAUAUUGUACAGAUUAUAAUAGCGUUGUGCUGUUAGGGUAAGGGAUAUUCACAGUGGGUAGUAUUAAGUGUCUUAAGAAUCAUAUAUGUGUCAUUAAUAUAUGACUUUCGAUCUGAGCCGAAAGUUCAUUAAAACUCAGAAAUACAUAUAUUCCUACAUAUAGGAUUCUUAAUAAGAGCACGGCAUUUAAAAAACAAUAACAUAAAAUUUCUUUCAUCCUCAAACUGAUAUUUAUGUAUAUUACCUGAAAGUGUCAUUUAAUACCAUUAGCUAUGAAAAAAAUAUCACUCCUCAUAGAAAUUUUGACAGGUAUGAGGCCAGUUGAUAGGGCCUUUUCAUACAAUCGACUGGUCUGAGCAAUUUACUGAUUUCACCACUGAUUUCUGCUAUCACAAGGGUUGGUGUAAUAGUUGAAAACCAUAUAAAUGGCGACGGUAUUGCCAGUUGCCUGUGUUGAGUAGCCGAUAGCUAUGCAUAAUGCAGUAUACUCGCGCUAAUAGCCAUACAUAAUAUGGUUAUUAAUACUUUAUGAAAUAUAUUAUUAAUUAUUUCUUAUACUAAGUCAGCUGUUAAUUCAAUUUAAAUACUUUCUUUAAGCUCAGUUUGACUCCUUAUUAUUAAAGACUUUCUUCUAAACCAAUAUAUUUUUGACUUUUUUUAACCUAAAACUACCACAAAAAAGUUGGAUUAAUUAUACAAUUCUUUGCUUUAUUUCACAAAAUUUCUAUUCAAUUUACUUAUAAAAUAUAUAGAAACAUAUAAAAAAAAAGUAAAAUACCUAUAUACCGUUGUACUGACAUUUGCACAGACAGAAUAUUACAAAAAUAUAUUAAUCCAUAUAUACAUUCAUUUAUAAUUAUAGAUGUAUGUUUGUAUAACAUGUUCGUAUCAUAAAGUGUACAAAUUAGAAAUUAACUACAGAGAAAAGUACACGAACCGUUAACGAAACCACAUGCGAUUUAGGUGUGUGUGUUUACUUACACAAGGGUUAUGCUUAUUAAAAUUUUGUGAUUUUAUGCGGCAUGGUAUGAGUUAAAGGUGAUGCGUACAAAUAAUUCAGGUGAAUGAUAUAUGUAGAACGAAAAUGAAGGCUGUGCAUAAAAAAACCAGAAGUAAAAUUAAAUAAAAAAUUUCCAAAAAUGAAUUAAUAUUAAAUACGUAAUUUAUACACAAUUAUGAAAGAGUAUGUAAAAAAAAACCUUAGUAAAAAAUAACUAAAAGAUAUAAUAAAAAAAUAUUAUUUUUUAAUUUUAUUACCUUGAAGUUUGAGUAAACAAAUAAAAAUUAAUAAAUAAUUUUGAUAAAGAAUACUUUUAUAUUAGUAUGCUUUGUAAUUACUGAACAAAACGUAAAAUAAUUUGUGCGUUAAAAACAAAAACAAAAUAAUUAAAAAACGUAAAAAUUUAAUCGGUGAAAAUUAUGCUUAUCUAACGGUUGUAUGUACAUGCGGCUAAGCAAGCGCCGUGUAAACAGAUCAUAAGUUGAUUCAAAGAACCCCUUUUGGCAUAAUAGAAAAUCACGUUAUAUAAAAAGUUCGAAAAAAAUAUUAUUAAAAAAGAAUAUCUAUUAGUCUAAGAGUACGAGUAUAAUGUUCAUAUUGCUAAAAAAGUAAUGGGAAAAAAUAAGAAAUAUAUAUAUAUAAUAUAAGUAAGUAAUGACGUACCUAAUAAUGCAGUAAUGCAGUUUUGAAAUUGUCCAUCGCCAAAUUUGUUUAUAAACCAAUGAUAAAUAACUUAAUAAAGAGAAGCUGUUUCUCAUAUUCAAAACGAUGAAUAUAUACACUCAUAACUACUUACAUAUGAGCACAAAUAUAUACAAAUCACGGAUUUUUGAUAUGUCCAGUACAAAUUUAUACCCCUAUUACGGUUUUCAACUCCACUCGGUGGAAUGGAAGUUGAAGCAAUUCUACUUCGGAUAAGCCCCCACUCAAAAUCAAGUAUUGUCAAACUUUAACUUUUCUUGGUAUUACGGUUUUCGACUCUGUUCCAGUGGGGUUGACUAAAGUAUAAAAAAAUUAACAAAAAAAAAAAUUGCAAACAAGCAGUUGUAGUGAAACAUUAAUUUAUUUAUUUAGUAAAAUUAUUAUAUUACGGUAUUCAACUAUGUGCCAGUGGGGUUGACUAGAGUAUGGCUCUUGUCACACGUUCAAUAUUUAUUGUGAUACUUGGAUUGAUGAGUGAUGGAGCCCGAGUGAAUGCUACACGUCCUCAUUUAUUUGAAAUAAAUCGAGUUUUUGAAAGAAAUAUGUUCAAAAAGAGUUUAACUUUAUUAUUUUUUUGUCCGUUUAUAUUUUUUAUAAAAUAUUGAAAGAAAACUGAAGAAAAGUUUCAAAGAAAGCAUCGGAACAAAAAUGCUAGCAAUCAUUUUGAAGAAUUCACCGGAUCUUUGAAAUUGAUAAAUUUUUUAUAUAAAUAUAAAUAAAAAAUACAUUUAUUUACAUAUACUAUACAAUACUUUGUUCCGUCGUAUCGCGAAUUUACAAAAAAACGUCGUCGAUCGCGUGAUCAAUAUUGAACGUUUAACGCGCGAUCCACGAUCCGUGAUUUGGAUUUCAAAAUAUUUAAAUAAUUUGUGAUAUGGACCGCAAUCAGUCAAUAUUGCAAGCUACACGUUCAAUAAAUAUCGCUAUUCGGGAUCGCUGUCAAUAUACAUUGAACGUGUAGCAGUCCCCUAUAUAAAAAUGUCAAUAUUCAUAUUAAUAGAAUAUGGCUAAAAAUAUAUUUUAAUUAUAAUUUUAAACUAUUUUAAUAAGUUAUUACAUAGAAAGGUGAACAUUUUGUUGAGUUUUGGACCGUGGGAAGUGUUUUAAACAUUAAGAGUCGAUACAAUAUACUACUCUAGGAAUAUUCUUUUUGAGUAAAAUUAAAUUUGUUAAGCGUUUUGCUCGUCUUCAGUCAUUUGUGUUUUAUCUACUGCGCACAAAUAUGGUGUUCAUAUAUUUAUUUAAUAUUUAAAAGGGUUUGUAACAACCAUAGAUAUUGUAGGUGGUUUCAGCCCAAAGUUAUAAUGGUUUAAAUCGCAUUCUUGAUAACUACGGGCAGCAAGGAACCAUUGAGUUUGUGGUUAUGUGACUUCCUCUAAUUUAGUAAAAAAACAAAAUUAAUCCUCAUUUAGACGAAAUCAACGUAUGAAUUUAAUAUAAAUAACAAUAAAUAUUAUUCAAAAGCCAUUUACUUUGUCAAUAAAAUGUUGGCUUCCAUGGUGUUAGGGAGUUCGAAUUGAAUUGUGUUGAUUUUUCGUUAAAUUUUUUUAGCUGUUUAAUUAUCUGUCAAAUCUUUUUUUUGGUUGGCAAUAUCAAUAAAACUCCAACUGAAAAUAGUUGAAGUUCGUAGUACAAACAAAAAUUGGGUUGAUCUGAAGAUGAAAAGCUUCAAGUUGAAAACCAUACUAGGGGUGUUAUUUAAAUAAGCGAAGUUUUAAAGGUUCUGUCUGUAAUGAAUUUUCAUAUAAAAGACGUUUAUCUGAAACAAUCUUAUUAACGAGGCGCCUAUGACUUAUUAAUAUUUAUUACAUCAAAAGCCAAAAUACAAAAAAAUAAAAUGAUAACGAAGACGGCAUACCGAGUUCAUUUCAUAUGUAUUUGUGUACUUGUAUAAGCAUUAAUAAAAAUUCAUUUAAAAAGUUCAAA